AAAUUCCGUGACCCGGAACAACUGUUUAAGUGUUGCUGACGAAACGCGGAUUUUUUUGACAGCCUAUCGAUGAAUAAUACACAAUUUCACACACAACAUUGAAAACACAUUGAUCUCGUUUAACACCUAGUAGCCGUAAUCGAAAAGGCCGGUUGCUGGUACAGUAGGGGCCUGGUCUAGCUGUGGGUCUUGUGGUGAGACAGAGAUCCACACCUGCCCUUCAGAAGGGUGUGUGUUGGAGCUGGGAGGGGGAAGCGACUAGAGGGGGGGCAGGUGCCAUGCUCUAGGGGUGAGGUGGUGAAGAGGGGGACUCACAGGUCAGGGGUGGUGUCUGAGGUUGCAGAGGAGAUGAAGUUGAAGCAGCGUGUGGUUGUACUGGUUGCUGUGCUACUCCUGUUGGGGCUUGCCAAACUUUUUCUGCUGGACGGAGGAGAGGGGUCCGCAGCCAGCCGACGAGACCUCAGAGCCUUCCGCAAGAUGGAGGCAGGCCUGUCUCUCUCCCGCGGUGCCCGUUUAACACACACUCUCCAGUCUCCAUGGGAGGUGGCAGGCCAGUGGGUGGGCCCAAGGGAGGUGUACCCUGAGGAGACCCCCGAGCUGGCAGCCGUCCUCACCGCGUUGGGCACUGCCAGGGUGGAGCGAGCAGACGUGGGCUACAAGGGCACCCAGCUCAAAGCUCUACUAGUACUGGACGGGGGGCAGAAAGUGGUCUUUAAACCCAAGAGGUAUAGUAGAGACUAUAUGGUAGAAGGAGAGCCAUAUGCAGGUUAUGAUAGACACAAUGCAGAGGUGGCAGCUUUUCACCUGGACAGGAUCCUGGGCUUCAGGAGAGCACCCCUAGUGGUAGGGAGGUUUGUCAACCUGAGGACUGAGAUCAAACCUGUCGCCACGGACCAGCUACUCAGUACCUUUCUAAUGCAGGGUAAUAAUAGUUGUUUCUAUGGGAAGUGUUACUACUGUAGAGAGAGUGAGCCCGCAUGUGCGGAGGGAGAGAACAUGGAGGGAUCGUUAACUCUCUGGCUGCCAGAUGUCUGGCCGCUCCAGAAACAUAGACACCCCUGGGGACGCACUUACAGGGAGGGCAAACUGGCCAGGUGGGAGUAUGAUGAGAGCUACUGUGAUGCGGUAAAGAAGAUGCCUCCGUACGACGCUGGUCCCAGACUGCUGGACGUCAUCGACACGGCCAUCUUUGAUUACCUCAUCGGCAACGCAGACCGACAUCAUUAUGAGAGUUUCCAAGACGAUGGAGGAGCCAGCAUGCUCAUUCUGCUGGAUAACGCAAAGAGUUUUGGGAAUGCAGCUCUGGACGAAAGAAGCAUUUUGGCUUCUCUGUAUCAAUGUUGCAUGGUGCGUAUGUCUACGUGGAAUAGGUUGAACCUGCUGAGGGCAGGGGCUCUGAGUUCAGCCAUGAGGCAGGCCCUGACCUUUGACCCCAUCAACCCCGUCCUGGCCGAGCCUCACCUGGCCGCCCUGGACAGACGUCUGUCUGGUGUCAUAGCAACCAUCCGGCAGUGUGUGGAGUCACAGGGCCCUGACAGCACACUGAUAGAGGACCGCUUGAACCUGCCACACUCCUAAAGGAGGACAGGAGAGAGGGAUGGAAGAGAGGAGAGACCUGUCCCAUCCCUUGUGGAGGACAAGAGAGAGGGAUGGAUGAGAGAUGAGGGAAAGGAGAAGCUCUCACCCAAGGAUCGAGAGAGAGGGUUGAGCCAUGGUAGGAGCUGGAGGAUAAACCCCCUCCCACACUCCCGCUCCAAGUCUCAUGGCCUCCCAGAAUGGGACAGGAAAUGACUCCAGCAGCAGGAAGUGGUUUCCUCUACAAACUGUUUCCCUCCACACUAGAACACUUGAACCUAAUGGGAUCUAUAUCUGAGGAACUGUAUCCCCAAUGUCUCUCCUCUGCCUUCUGCACACACACACACCUUGUGCCAAACCCUCCCUCUCUCGUCCAGUAAUAACGAGGGAACCAAAGCCAUAGGACUCAACCCAGCGGCAGUCAGGAUAGCAGGGGUCGCUCACACAGCCAUAAAACCCACUCCAUGUGGACACAACACUCCCAGAAAAAUCCACUGGACUGACAGUGGAGAGGGAGACUGGUUAAAUGACCAAGGGAAAUUUUGUGGUCAGUCUGAUUGUGACUAACAAACAGACGUGUCUGUGUCCGAAAUGACACCAUAUUUCCUGUAUAGUGCAUAAGGCUCUAGCCAAAAGUAGUGCACUGUAUAGGGAGGGAAUUGUGUGCAAUUUCAGAAUCUGCCAACUGACUAUGGAUGUCUCAUGAUGCUCUAUUCAAUAUAUAUUGUACUAGUUUUGGCCCCAGUUUCUCAGACCUUAUUCCUAUUUCUGAAUUAAAAGCACUUUCAAAAGAGAUUGUUCAUUAAGCAUGCUUUUUUUACUCCAGGAUUCGACUUGAUCUGGGUCUAAGAAACUGGCCAAUGAGGUUUUAAAGGUUGGCUACAUACUCUAGGGCUUUGGUCAAGACUAGUGCACUAUUUUGGGAAUAGGGUAGCCUUUGAGACAUUACCAGCGUGUACAUAACGAACUGUUGAAUAGCAUUACUGAGAGAGUAUAAUUAUGAGAAUUGUAAUGUUAAAUUAACCUAAUUUACUGUCGUGUCUGAAUGUGUGUGCCUGAAUGUGUGAGCAUGAGUGUAGGGCAGGAGUCGGUCACCCAAAAACGUCCCGCAAUCAGUUUUUGGUCAAAAAAGACUGUAAAAUCACAAGAAUCCUGCAAAAAAAAUGUGUAAUUUAGGAAAUCUGUUCCCAAAUAUUCUGACAAAUCAUAAGAGAUGUUAUCGUGUCAAUCUAAUCGAGGUAUGACAUUAUUUUCAAAUACAAUCUCUUUGAGCUUAGUUGUGGUCAAUUUGCAGUGUUCAUUAUUAUGUUCAGCCCCCCCGAGCAUCUGCUCCAACAAAAAUCAUCCGGCAGCUGUAUCUAGUUGUCUAUACCUGGGGUAGGGGGUGCCAUACUCUGAGUAUGCUACUGACGUUUUAGAGAGAAUCUGGGACAGGGAGGGGGAAGAUGGGAAGUUUGGGGCUUUAUAGGAAUGUAAUGUUUUCAACAUUAAAAAUUAAUUUUUUUAAA